AUGUUUGCUUCGUCGGCCAGCAGACAAGGCGCAACGGUGCCGCGAGAGGCGGAGCAGGCAGUGAUGCAGGAGACGCCGCGAGGAAGGGGACAGGCGGACGAGAGCCAAAAGGGAGAAAAUCGGCCAGGGCAGGACGAAGGCUGGGCGAGGAUGAUUGACGGCGGGGCCGGGGAAGAGGAGAGAGGGCAGGAGAGACGAACGGAAGAGAAUCUUAGCGGUGCAAGCCAAUUCGGUGCAAUGUGGACACGCUGA